UGUAAUAUUGUUUCUAUUUAUACAAUUAAUGAUAAUUGAUGGUUCAUACAUAUUCUUUGGGUGACCAAGGUGGGGACUAGAUGAAAUGUCUAUAAACAUCGUGUCAUACAAGAGAUUACUGAAGAAGUCACUACACAAGUUUGGCAAUACGGUCAUAAAUGCGAUAUCGUCUCUUCAAACAAUAGAUCAUCGAUAGUGGGUGAUCAGUUAGUUGAGUAAUGGAGUACAAGUUAUUUGCAGUUCUAGUAUUAGCCAUUCUCCUGAUUGACUUAACAAAUGGAAGGACUAAAGAUCCGGACGAGGACAGAGCAUAUGAGUUUGGAUUCACCAUAGAAGGCAUGCAGCAUAGGCACGAAAAAAAAGAUGUAAAUGGAAUAAUACAAGGGGAGUUUGGAUUUAUUACUGCUGAUGGUGUAUACCAUGUUACUGUUUACGCUACUGAUGAGAAUGGAAAUUUCAGAAUACUGAGUAUGAAAAACAUCAAAGUUAGUCCACCUUUGGAUGGAUCGCCAGACUAUGGUUCAACAAAAUACUCUCCUGUUCCAAAAGGAGGUCAAUCUCAGUCCCUCCAACCUGUGCAAGUACAAAAAAGAACAGAUGUUUCAACAACUCGAGCUCCAAAUAGAGCAUUCACUACCCAACCUACAUUAAAACCUGCCUGCGCUGGUUGUGGGUAUGUAACAACCAGUAAGCGACCACCUUUGUCUAAUGGUCAAAAUGGGAUCUAUCAAAGUGGUGGAAUUAGCUCUGGACAACCACCGAAAUUCUCUGCUGACGCUGCUGGUUUUAAUACUGGAGCUCCAGGUUCCAGUUUUGGAGCUCCUGGUUCCAGUUUCGGAGCACCUGGUUCCAAUUUCGGAGCUCCUGGUUCCAGUUUUGGAGCUCCUGGUUCCAGUCUUGGAGCUACUGGUUUUGGCAGUUCUGGACCAGGUUCAGGAAGUCCUCAAUCUUUGAAUAAUGGUUUAAUUCCUCCAGCAUUUGGAAGCCCAGGACAAGCCCAAAACAGUGGAAUUAACAGUGGUUCAAAUCCCCAGACACCUCAAGUUUCUAAUUCAGGAUAUCCUUCUUCUUUACCAGGAAGCUCCUCCCCACAAUUACCUUCGAGUGUUUCCUCCUACUCUGACUCCUUCAGCAAUCCACAAAACAACCAAAACGAUGUCUUUGGAGCUCCAAAAGGCAACCAACAUUCUUCACAAAUCACCUACAGAAAUCCUGAUCCUCCUGUUAAAGUUACUGAUGGUGUUAUUAAAGUUCCUGGUAAUCCUGAUAUACCAAUUAAGGAUAAAUACCCAGGUAUGGUUGAAGGUCUUCCUGCAGGAAUAAUGGAGAAGGACAUCACAGACAUCCUUUACCGAUUCAACUGGACUGUUGGAUUCCAAGGUCACUAUGAAACAGGGUACAAGAAUGGUGCUAAAAUUGGUGGAUACUUUGUUAAUGGUAGUGAUGGUAUCAGUAGAGUUGUCACUUAUGUAGCUGAUGAAUUUGGGUAUAGACCGAAAGUUAGGAUCAUAAACAUAGGAUUGGAUUCUCCUGAUACUCCUAAGGAUGACAAGACUUUCACUUUGAAGAGUUUUGAGUUUGUGUGGUAUCCUGUUAAAUGAGAAAUUUAAUGAUGCACUUACUGAAACUAUUAUUUCUUCAGAUGUGACAUCUUAAUGAUAUGUAAUGUGUCUUUAUUACUAAUUUAUUCUUGCAUUAUGUUCAAGAACAUGUAAAUAUUUAUUGAACCAUGAGUUCCUUUGAUUUAUUAUUUCAAAGGAACAAAUUUACUUCUAAAAAAAUUAAAAAAAGGAAAAAUCGAGUUUCCCAUCAUUGAGUGUAAGAGAUAAGUUGCUUUGAAAUAUUGAAUUUCAUUUAGAACAUUGGAGAAAUUUGGCAUGCACAAAAAGAAUAAUUCCUAUAUAGCAUUAUUGUUACAAUCAUCCAAAAACUUGCACAGAAGUGUUUGAAAUAACAGCUUUUCUGAAAAAUCGAUUAUCACCUCUGAAUUAUGUAAAAACAUUCAAUUUCGUAGAUCAAUAUAUCUAUCUAUUCAUGAUCGAUGGUGAAAAA